AUGGCCGCUUUGGAAGUAUUGCAGUCCGCGCAGCGCGCGACGUUGGAGUUCACGGCACCAUUGGAGGGAUCCGCGGAUCUGAAAGCUGGAGAGAGCGUUGAUGUCGCUUGGAAUACGCCAUGGGAAUUGACGACGCUGGAGCUGUGGAGAGGGCCUGCACGGGAUGGGAGUUUUGCUGUGAAUGUGCUUGCCGCAAACUUGACGCAGGACGUCACGACAUACCUUUGGAACGUGCCGGACAAUGAAGACCAAGCUAUACCAUUUCAACUCCGACUUCAGAAAGGCGACCAGCCGAGUGAAUGUGCCGAAUGCGUCGCCAGCACAUCAUCCUUCCAAAUAGAGAGCGCGGCAUCAAGACAGACAUCGCCAACGGCAGACACCACUUCAUCACCGCCAGCAGCUGCUCCCGCUUCGUCAAGGCCAGCGCUGUCGCGUGAGGUUCAAUUGGGCGUGGGGCUGGGCGUCGGACUAGGGAUACCAUUUGUCGUCACACUGGUUGCAUUCAUCUUCCUCUGUCGCCGAAAACGACAACGAAGGCAACAUCAAAUCCAGCAGCUGAAUAAUGUGCACCGGCGGCAACAGGAACUCAUGUCGGAUAGAGAUCUCCGAUUCUCCACAGGCGCCUACUCGUCGGUCUCCAGAUUCAGCGAGAAGUCGUAUCACGGACCUUUCGAAUUCGAAGAAGAGCCUGGAAAAGUGAAGCCUGGGUGGGAGAGGCUGUUCGGGAGGAAUGGGCUUCCGUUUCUUGCGGCACCUGAGAAGGCAAAGGAUACGCGAGGUUUACUUAGACAUUAG